AUGUCCCGCUACGCAGACGCUCACAAGAACACCUCCGGCCCUGGCGAUGCUCGUCCAACAGCCCUGCAAAUCGUGCGCGAUGAAGGUCUUGAAGGCGCUUUGACGGAUAAAGUCUUUUUGAUCACUGGCACCUCUGCGGGAAUUGGUAUUGAGGUUGGCCGUGCCAUUGCUGCAACCGGCGUUCGCGUUUUUCUCGCGUCGCCUACACUCAAUGUCCUCAUUAACAACGCCGCUAUCAUGGCGACACCUACACGCAUCGAGACCAAGGAUGGUUUCGAGCAACAACUAGCCACCAACUACCUCGGCCAUUUUCUCCUCUUCUGGCUCCUCAAGGACACACUUCUCAAAGGAUCAACGCCUGAGUUCAACUCCCGCGUCGUCAACGUAUCAUCCUCAGGCCAUCACGCUUCAGAGAUCGUAUACGACGACUUCCAGCUCAAAGAGCCAGACGCUUAUAGUCCUUUCAAGGCCUACGGCCAGAGCAAACUCGCUCAGAUCUACAUGUCUAACUACAUUGACCGUGUUUACGGCCCAAAGGGUCUUCAUGCUACUAGCGUCAUGCCUGGUGGCAUCGCAUCAAACCUCCAGAAGCAUAUGCCUGAGUCAGUGCUCAAGGACAUGAAAGAGGAUCCAAAGACGAUAAAAUUUAUGAAAAGUCCCGAGCAAGGUGCUGCGACUACCGUUCUGGCAGCAGUUGGUAAAGAGUGGGAGGGUAAAGGCGGGAAGUACCUUGAGGACUGUCGACCAUCCAGGCCGGAGCCGUUGAUCCCGGGUAUGAUGGGGUAUAAGGAUUAUAUCUAUGCUUCAGAGAAGGAGAACCGAACUUGGGAGCUUACUUUGCAGACUUUGGGUCUUCAGGAGACGUCUUAG